CUCUCUUAAACAUAAACAUAAAUAGAAUAAGAUACCAAAUGAAACCCCAAAAGGUAAAACAAAAUUUUUUCACCAAGCUCUUAAAAAUGUCCUCCAACAACCCCAAAUAUAAUAAAAGAAUUGCGGAUGAAGGAGUAACUACGUACCCUUAUCAAAUGUCAAUGUCAACAAAGUAUUGUUGCAUGCUAAUGAGGCUAUCAAUUGAUUGUAAAGGGUGUUACAAAAAAUUAAUGAGAACUAUUCGUAAUAUGAAAGAGGUGGAAAUACAUGCGAUAGAUAGGCAAUAUAACAGGAUAAGCGUGUGUGGAAGAUUUAGGCCGUCUGAUGUGGCCAUCAAGAUGAGGAAAAGAAUGAAUCGAAGGGUUGAGAUUUUGGAAAUACAAGAGUUUGAUGAUGGAGUUCCACAUGAUCACGUGCACCAAAUUGUUGAUAAUCAUCCAUCUAAUGUUAAUGAUCAUCCUCAAUAUCACACUGCAUGAUGACUAAUUGCAUAUUUUAUGAUGAUUUUAAUUUGAUACGGAAUUCGUAUACAUUUCAAGUAAAUAAGGUAUUUGUAGAUAUAGGCAUACAUACAACCUUAAAAAUGUGUACACAUUCAAUUUGUAAUUUUAUAUAUAAAUUGGCAUUUGUUAAAAGAUGUACACACGUAUUUAAAAUGUGUACAUAUUCAGAUGACAUUUCUGUAAAUAACAAUUAUACAAACC